AUGAACAACGAUCGUUCGAAAAUUGUGGGCCACAAACCGGCGACCGGCGCGGGACACAAACCAGUAGAAGAGCAGACCGUACUGCGCAUUCCCGAUUCGAGUGAGCUCCAACACUGCGCAACGCUCAACGGACUCGCCUUGCCCGACCCGAUUGUCGGGUACACGCGGAAUGCAACGUCGCAGCUCGAAAAGCAAGGCGUGUGCGAAGAUCUGGAUGCGUCUGUCGCGCGUCUCGGUGUGUUUGGGUCGGCGUAUCAGUUUAAGGACACGCCUGGCUGUCGUGGCCUGGUAAACAAAUUCAACUGCCUUUCGUGGGCAGCAGCAAACAAUGCGUGCCCGAACGCACCGCUGCCGCCCUGUCGCUCCAUGUGCGUCGAGAUCGCCGACACUUGUGUCUUCACGCCUCUCUAUGAACUCUUUCUAAACGAAGUGUGCACUCGAUUUGCUUGCGCCGACAGCGCACCAACAGGAUGUAUUCCUGGUACCAACGAGCAGAUGCCGUCGUUCAACCGGUGCACACUGCACGACGACUACCGACGCCUGGCUUUGUCCAGUGCGCCCCGAGGUCUUCUUGAUAAGUUUUAUGUGCUCCUCCUCCUUUUUAUUGGAGUACUUAUCAAGGAGUAA